CAUGUAUUUAUGCAGCAAAUCAUCCAUCUUUCUCUAGCUUUCAUGCAACUGCAAGGCUUUGCAAGCUUCAAUGGAGUUGGGUACGGGGCGCCGCCGGCGUUCCUCCGAGCCAGGCCCUGCCGGCGGAGCUGACUACCUCAGCGCCCUCCCCGAAGAUCUUCUCCUCCUGGUCCUCGCCCGCCUCGGCUGCGCCGCCGCCGCCGCGCGCACGGGCCUACUCUCCCGCCGAUGGCGCGGCCUGUGGGCCCGCCUCCGCGACCUCUCCUUCCGGAACCGCACGUUCCCGUCGCUCCAGGCGGCGCUCGGCCGCGUAUCCCGAUCCCCUCCCGAGGUCUCCCUCCUCGAGAUCCGCGCCCGUAGCCAGAACUGGGCCGAGGGCGAGCCCGCCGCCGGCGCCGUCACCUCGCUGCUGCGCGCCGCCGCGCGGCUCGCGCCGGAGAAGCUCGUUUUCUCCCUCCAGUGCCAGCCAGAUCCGAAUGACGAGGGCGUCGACCUGCCGUGCUUCCACCGCGCCACCUCGAUUGUGCUGGAGUGGAUGAACCCCUUCGUCCUCCGCGCACCGGCCGCCGGGGGCGAGUUCCCGCCCUCCGCACGCUGUCCCUCACGGAAUGCCACAUCGAGAGCCUCGGCGCCUUUAUCUCCCUCUGCCCACACCUGCGCGUGCUCGGUCUCAAGGGCAUGUGGGUCUAUGAAGGCGACGAAGACGACGACUCGACAAAAGUCCACUCGGCGUCGCUGCAGGAGCUUGUCAUUGAGGACUUCGUUGCAAAACAAGUGAGCAUCGUUGCUCCCAUCCUUAAGCAAUUGACGGUGUCCUUACGCGCCGAAGGGCAGGUGAGCAUCUCCAUCUUAGCACCAAUGAUCGAGAAUGUCUCGUGGCAGUGGCUCUAUGGCCCUGGAAUUAUUGCCUUUGGUCUUUGGAUCGUCGUGAUGCUGAGCCUACAGACGGCAGACACACAGGGACAGCUCACUUCGUUGCACAUUCAUGCCCAGACUUGGUUUUUUCUUUCCAAUGAAGAAGACAACUUUGCACAGGAGAUAGAGAAGCAUAUGGUUGUUGACUUCUCCGCUUUGGAGCUACAUCUGACAACAAAGGGCCAUGUUAUUGGAGCAUUUGUGUCACAUCUUCUUGGGUUCAAUCGGAUUCGCAGUGUUAUACAGAGGCUUAAGGUCGCCCUUCUGAGAUUCGAGGAAAGAGGAGUAUGUUCUGCAAAUUGUUCUUGUCAGCCUACAAACUGGAGGACCCAAAUCAUCCCCUUGACUGCUCUUGAAGAAGUAGAAAUAGAUGGCUUUGAAGGAGAGGAUCAUGAGCUUGAUUUCUUGAAAUUGGUAUUCAGUUGUGCACCAAUGCUUAAAGAAGUGAUUGUGAAGCUGUCAGGUGAGGUCUCUUCAAGUGAUGAUAGAUGCACGAAAAUAUACGACAUCUUCAGGGAGUACUCUUCUGUGAAAUGCAAUCUUUAUCUUAGCUCUGGUAAGUAUAUGUUCUGCAUUCGUGAUUUGUAUGCUCUUAGAUGCAACAAGAAUACAAAGUCAAGUUGUCAUUGAUUUUAAUGUUAUGCAAAAUCUCUAUAGUUGUUGCAAUGUGCCGUUUACAUGCCAAUUAUAAGGUUUGUCCCAUAAUAUAAGAUGUUGUUACAUCCAAAAUAGCAUGUUAUAUUAUGAGACAAAGGGAGUACCAGUUAUUACUAAUACACAGUGGCAUGCUUUCAAUGCGUGUUAGAGAAAAAACAUAUGAUAUAUUACUACUGAAUUUUUAUGCACAUUCCCUUAUAUUUUUAUAAAACUGAAGGUGAAUGACUGAUGGGGUUAAAAUAUUCAGAACAUUUUAUGUAGGUUUAUUUCCUUAGUUGCAAUUUUGCUUGAUGCAAUCUUCUAUAUUGGAUAUACCCUUUCUUUUUUGCAUCUAUACUCAUUAACCGAAGAAAAAAAUAUAUUAGCUGAAGUUAGUUGUGUACCUCAAUUUCGUUGGUCUUUAAGUUUGGCCGCCCAAAACUACUUUGUAUUUUUGUCUCUGAUGUCAGCAUAUAUUGUGAUUUAUUUGCUAGUUACAACGAUCUUCUACAUAUAACUGCAUUACUAUAUUUGCACGUUGUGAUACAAACCGGAGCUGGUUUAAAUUUGCCUCCACUGCAGGAUUAAUGCAUCACAGCCAAAAUUGCCUGCAGGCAUGAUUUUCAUCCUUACACGGACAAGAUCAUCCCUCCCCACGCCGGAUAUCUCUAUAUAUUAGUUGGUUUCAGGAUUUUGUUUGGUUUCUUCAACCCGUAAAAUGAGGUGUUGUUUUGGCAGUGCGCCUGCUGCUGUAGCCUCAUAUUUUAGUUGUCCAAGUUAUUCUGCGCAACCAAUAUAUGCCAGUCUUGGGUUGCAAGGGAUUCUGCUAGCCCUAUGAUUUCUAUUGCUUUUCGUGGUCAUUUUGU